CCGGCGCGCAGACCAGCUGCGCAAAAACCCGCCAAAGAUUGAAACGACCAGGAAACGCUCGAGCAGCCGCGCGCGCCCGCUCGCCCGAUCCGAUCGAUCCGCCCGCACCUGCUUACGACGCAUUCUGGACCAUGUCUUUCACCCCGAAGAGGCCGCGUCCCGACCCGACGAACGGACGGAUUCGCCGGGUCUCGAUCGAGGGAAACAUCGCGGCGGGCAAGUCCACGUUUGUGAGCCUCCUGGAGCAGGUGAGCGGGGACUGGGAGGUGGUGCCGGAGCCCAUCGCCAGGUGGUGCAAUGUCCAAACCAACGGCAGUGACUUCGAGGAGCUGACCACAUCUCAGAGGAGCGGAGGGAAUGUGCUGCAGAUGAUGUACGAGGAACCGGAGAGAUGGGCCUACACCUUCCAGAGCUACGCCUGCAUCAGCCGGGUGCGAGCGCAGAUCAAGUCGGCCAAUGGGAAGCUCCGGGAGGCGGAGAACCCCGUCCAGUUUUUCGAGCGGUCCAUCUACAGUGACAGGUACAUCUUUGCAGCCAACCUGUAUGAGAGGAAGUGCCUGAAUGAGACGGAGUGGUCCGUCUACCAGGACUGCCACGGCUGGCUGCACAGCCAGUUCGGGAAGCACCUCGAGCUGGACGGGAUCAUCUACCUCCGAGCUUCGCCAGAGAGAUGUUUUGAGCGGCUGCACCUGAGAGGCAGAGAGGAAGAGCAGGACAUCCCUCUGGAGUACCUGGAGGAAGUGAAGCAGUUCUUGAGCUCGCUGUGA